AUCAUCCCCCUUUCCACUUCCACCAUACCAUGUCAGGUGCUGCUAGGGCGGUUGGAGCGGUUGCUCUACACACUUCAAUGUGCACCUUCUCAUCCUCCCAUUCCCACAGACCAUCAACAACUCCUUUCAAUUCUCACCAACCUAACACAAACACUCAUCUCACUAGCCUCCUCCAAACUCACCCACUUUACCCUCUAACAACUGCAAGGCUCUCUCUUCAAUUCAAAGAGAAAAUCCUCUGCCUUGAGAUCAUGGGCGUUGAUGCUGGCAAAGCAUUGUCCCAGAACCCUGCUCUAACCACAGCUUCAAUGGAAUCCAUUCAAUCCAUUAUCUCCUUCCUUCUUUCCAAAGACAUCCAGCACAAGGACAUUCCUAGGAUCAUUUCCAUGUGCCCCAAGAUUCUCACCUCUGACAUUAAUGCUCAGCUUGACCCAGUUUUUGACUUUCUCUCACAAGACCUCAAAGUCCCGGAUCAUAGCUUUAGGAAGGUUAUCAAUAAGUGUCCAUACUUGCUCACCGCCAGUGUUGUAGAUCAGCUUAAGCCAACUUUGUUUUAUCUUAGAAGAUUUGGCUUGAAGGACUUGAAGGCCCUGGCUUAUCAAGAACCUGUUUUGUUGGUGUCUAGUGUUGAGAAAUCCUUAAUCCCUAAGCUGAGAUAUUUGGAGAGUUUAGGAUUCUCUAAGGAUGAGGUUAAGGAUAUGGUCUUGAGAUGUCCAUCAUUGCUCACUUUCAACAUUGAAGUUAAUUUUCGGCCCAAGUUUGAGUAUCUUGUUGGGGAAAUGGGGAAGAAACUGAAGGAGCUGAAAGAAUUUCCCCAGUACUUUUCUUUUAGUUUGGAGAACAGGAUAAAGCCUAGGCACAUGGAGGUGUUGCAAAGUGGUAUCAAUUUGCCUUUGUCACUGAUGCUUAAGAGCACUGAUCAAGAGUUUAGGGAGCUGAUAGAGCAGGGGGUGGGUGACACUCACUGAUGAGAGUAUUAUUUUCUGUGUAUAUUUAUGUACAUGAAUUCAGUGCCAAGUUUGGAUCUUA